AUGUCAUCAACUCCCCAGACCCCAUUCACCCACCUUUCCGCUUUCUGGACCCACCAUCGCACACUCGCAAUCAUCUUCACCAUACUAUCCGCUGUGGGCUUCGGAACACUCUCCGCAGGAGCCGCCCUGGUUCUGCGUAUCCUUGUACGCAUCUGGCUACGAAGAUCGAAGAAGCCUCACACCAAUCUCCGACCUCUUCGGCUGCCCACUCUACUCCAAGAGCGCACUUCGUCUACGACGGCCCGGGCACAUGUCGGUGCUCUCGUCGUGCACUCUAUCUUCAUCCCCGCGGUCAUCGCCCGCUUCGCGGCCGCGCCCUUAGCGCCUGCUCCCGAGCCCGGUCGGAACUGCACGGAAUCCCGGGUACCACGCGCCUCCCUUCACAGCCGGAGUUCGUCCACAUCGUCGGACGCUUCUGACGACAUCGAACCAAUCAAGAGUAGAGGGUUCCUCGUCGGCGGACCGAGAAGGGGAGAGACCUGA